AUGGCGGCUUCUCAUGACCACAAACUGACCCUCCCCUACUUCGGUGACGAUUUACCGGGCCCUCUUCCAACACAAGAGCAAAUCGACAGUGCCGAGCAGAUUCUGGUAGAAGUCGGAGGCCGCAAAGUGGCGCGAGUUGGCGAACAUUAUGUUGUCAAGUGCGGCGAGGCCGUUGAAGAACUUGAAGUCGAAGCAGCCACCAUGUCUUCCUACGGAACACGACAUGUAUCAACUUACCCAAGGUCUGCGCAUAAACAACAAGUCUGUCUGGAUUUGAGACAACAAAUCGAUCAACUGCGAACCUUACCUUCGUUGGGGUAUUUUGGAGGCGUUGGAAAACAGCCUAUGCCGGAUGGCAUUUUUUGGACGGGGGAGGGAGACGAACAAAGUCCUGGGGUGAAUGGACCGUUCUACUCCGAGAAUGAGUUGAACAAUGCUCUAGUGGGAAAGACACUGCUUGUGGACAAAAUAUGGAACGGCCGGGGACCUCAAAGAUCACAGUUCUACCAGCGAAUGCUGCCUGUCGUCCUUCGAAAUCACGCCUCCGUGUUUACACAUGCUGACCUUCAACGGAAAAACAUCAUCAUCCAAUCAAGCUCCGGCAGCAAGGUUUCAUUGACCAGCAACGGCGACUUUGAUCAUCUCCAGACAGCGGACUUACGUGUUGUAUUGGUGGGUUGGGAGAAAGCGGGCUGGUAUCCAAGCUAUUGGGAAUACUGCGCAGCCUCAUGGACAUUUCGAUUCAACGAUGAUUGGCCUGAAUAUCUCGAGACGGUUUUGGACCCAUGGCCCGCCGAAAACGCCUGGCUUCAUAUUCUUAGGAACGAGCUCUGGUCCUGA